AUUUUUUAGAAUUCUUUAUAUAUUUCGUCAUAAUAAAGUGUGUUGUUAAUCGCAUGACCCUUUUUGAGUGUCCCAGUAACCAUAAUCCUACCAAAUUAAGUGCUAUCUUUGUGUUGUGAGCGAAAAACCAAGUGCUCUCUUUUUGUUCCAAUUUGACUGGGAUAUCAUCAGUUCCUUUGUCUAAAAAUGGAUUAUGUUACCAAUCUGAAGAUCCUGGUGAUCGGCGAGAGUGGUGUUGGAAAGUCUAGCAUUAUCCUAGCGUUCACAACUGGUGACUACAAUGCAUCGUUCCCCGCUACCAUCGGAGUUGACUACAAAUGUAAGGUGAUGGACGUGAACGGAGUUAAAGUUAAGCUCGGCAUUUGGGACACAGCGGGACAGGAACGAUACAGAACGCUCACAUCUAGUUUUUACAGAGAUGCCCAUGGUGCAAUAUUAGUGUAUGACAUAUCAGAACCAAAAUCUCUGGACAAACUAAAGGAAUGGGUAGAGGAAUUGCAAGUUUAUUCAACGAAGAAAAAUAUUGUCUGUUUAGUUGUCGGAAACAAAAUUGAUAAGCCUAGGGCAGUGCCUCGUGAAAAAGGCCAGGCGUUCGCUCAGAAGCACAGGAUGCUGUUCAUAGAAAGCAGCGCCAAAACUCAGGAGGGGAUCAGCUUGGCUUUUGAGGAACUGGUGCAGAAGAUCAUUGAAACCCCUGGACUCUGGGAGACCUCCGGGCCCUCCUCAAACAUCCGGAUAACCAACGAGGAGAGAAGGCAGCAAGAGGCCUCCUCCUGUUACGACUACACCUGUUCCAUAUAAUGCUGGUGGAGUUGGUUGGCUUUGCACUGAACUGAUUUGUGAAGUACAGAUGAAGGAGUUUUCUGAUGAUUGACCCUGCUAUUAAC